GAGGUCCUAAAAUGUGCUCUAAAUGGGCUGAAACCACACCUAUUACCAUGCUUACUAAGUACCUUAUCUUCUUUUUCAGGAGAAGCAUGCAAGUCUCAACGAUGCAGCCCUUUUAGAUAUCAUUUAUACUCAGUUUCAUCAGCACCAGAAAGUUUGGGAUGUUUUUCAGAUGCAUAAAGGACCAGGUGAAGACACUGACCUUUUUGAUAUGGGACAAUUCAAAGGUUCAUUUAAGAAAAUUCUUCAGAGAGCAUUAAAAAAUGUCACAGUCAGCUUCAGAGAUGCCGAGGAGAAUGCAGUGUGGAUCCGGAUUGCAUGGGGAACCCAGUACAGAAAGCCAAACCAGUACAAGCCUACCUACGUGGUGUACCACUCCCAGACUCCAUAUGCCUUCAUUUCUUCAUCCCAGCUCAAGACCAGUGUUUCCCUUCUGGGUCAGGCACUGACAAUUGCUAGCAAACAUCAUCAGAUUGUGAAAAUGGACCUCAGAAGCCGGUAUCUGGACUCUCUGAAGGCUAUUGUCUUUAAACAGUAUAAUCAGACUAUUGAAACUCACAACUCUACUACACCUCUACAGGAAAGAAGCCUUGGGCUAGAUAUAAAUACGGAUUCAAGGAUCAUUCAUGAAAACAGAAUAGAAAAAGAGAGAGUCCAGAGAGUGACUCAGGAAACUUUUGGAGACUAUCCUCAGCCAAGAUUAGAAUUUGCACAGUAUAAGCUUGAAACAAAAUUCAAAAGUGAAUUAAAUGGGGGCAUCUUGGCUGAGAGAGAAGAACCACUCCGGUGUCUAAUAAAGUUCUCUAGCCCACAUCUUCUGGAAGCGUUGAAGUCCUUAGCACCAGCCGGUCUUGCAGAUGCCCCACUUUCUCCACUGCUCACCUGCAUACCCAACAAAGGAAUGAAUUAUUUUAAAAUUAGAGAUAAAUAAAAUGUAUGUGGUUUUGUAA